ACUAUCAAAAUGAAUGUAUUGGCUUCAACAGUUGAAUAGACUUGGAACUUUGGAAGAGGAGAAAAAUGGUGCAUCUCUUGGAGCAUAUGCUGCUUUCAAGACCCAUGUUUGUUUGUGGUUAGCUUAGUUGAGUAUAGUGUGGAUGGGUGGAAGAGUUGAAAUAUUUAUGGGUCUUGAAUCCCAACUUGGGAUGGACAUUCCCCUAGUUUUUCGUUUUCAUUUAUUUCCCCAUUAAUUAAUAGUCUUAAAAUCAAAAGUUUCAAUUGAUCCUUGCAAGGGUUGAGAGAUUUUUAUUUAUAGAUCGGUUACAGGUAGACCAAGACCUACACACAAAUAACGGACACCCACAUAACCGUUAAAGCAUGGCAGAGGCGCUCUUGUCUUCUCAACAGAGUAAAACAGGGGAGCCAUUGAUUUUUCCCCUUUCUUUCAAGGGAUUUUCCUUAACCCCCAAUUCCUUCCCUUUCCCUUCAAUCUUCAACCAUGGUUGUGGAGGGAACGACCCACUGGAUGGCUGAAGUUGCGGUUUCUCAAGAACAAGAAGCCAACAAUAUUAAUAAUGCUUCCAUUGUCUCAAAGGAGGCCAAGUCUGAAGAACAAAAUGGAGAAUCGAAGAAAGACGAGAAGCCCAAAACAGAGGAGUCGGCUGAGGAGAAGGCAAAGAACGGCGAAGAGGCGGGACCGGCACUUGAGAGAAAUGGCACUUUCAAGGAAGACAGUAAUCUAAAAGAACAUGAGAAGCAAGCAUUGAGCGAACUGAGAUCAUUGCUCGAGUGCGCAAUUCAUGGGAAUAGGUUGGUGGUGGAGACCAACGAUAGGAUUGAAGAAGAACCUGAGCCAUCAGAGAAGAAGAAAGACAAAACUUCGGAAGAUGAAGCUGCUGCAGGGAAAGAAGAAAUGGAAAAAGACAACACCACACCUGCAACUUUAAUGGUGGAAGAAAGGGUUGGAGGAGAAAAGGAUGUUAGGCUUUGGGGGGUGCCAUUGCUGCCAAGCAAAGGAGAGAGAUCCACUGAUGUCAUACUCCUCAAGUUUCUCAGGGCCAGAGAGUUCAAAGUCAAUGAGGCUUUCGAGAUGCUGAAGACUACCCUUCAAUGGAGGAAGGAAUUCAAGAUUGAGUCCGUCCUGGAAGAGGAUUUUGGCGCCCAUUUGGGCUCUGCAUUCUACAUCAGUGGCGCCGACCGCGAAGGCCGCCCCGUCUGCUACAAUCUUUACGGGGUGUUUGCUGGCAGCGAUGAGAUGUACAGGAGGACAUUUGGAAGAGAAGAGAAGAACGAGAAGUUUCUUAGAUGGAGAGCUCAGCUGAUGGAGAGAGCGAUUCAGAAGCUCGAUUUUGGACCUGGCGGCGUCUCAUCGCUCUUCCAAAUCAACGAUCUCAACAAGACGCCGGGGCCGGCCAGCAAGGACCUCUGGCUGGCCACAAAACAAGCUGUGUCACGCCUUCAAGACAAUUACCCUGAGUUGGUAGCUAAGAAUAUCUUCAUCAAUGUUCCUUUCUGGUAUUAUGCCUUCAGUGCCCUGGUAUCCCCUUUCUUCACCCAGAGAACCAGGAACAGAGUCGUCUUCGCCAGACCUGCCAAGGUCACAGAGACACUUCUCAGGUACAUAGAUGUAGAGCAAAUUCCAGCCCAGUAUGGGGGAUUUAAGCGCAAGAACGAUACAGAGUUCUCGGGUGAAAAUGAAUAUCUGGAAUUCGUUGUUAAGGCCAGCUCUUCUGAAACCAUUGAGUUCCCAGCAGCCAAGGUUGGAACCAGCUUGGUCUGGGACGUGACUGUGGUAGGUUGGGAAGUGAAUUACAGGGAAGAGUUCGUUCCAGACGACAAGGGCUCUUACGCCUUGAUCGUCCAGAGGGGGAGGAAGAUAGGUUGCCAGGAAGAAGCCAUUCGAAACUCCUUCACAAACAAAGAGCCCGGAAAGGUUGUAAUCACCAUUGACAAUGAUUCUUACAAGAAGAAACGCAUAAUCUACCGCUACAAGGCUAAGAACGUGUAGCUCAUCAACUCCCUCUCCAGCCCUCUUGUUACUGCCUAAUUGCCGCCUCUAAGCACUCUUUUGGUGGUGUGUCUAUAUCUUGUUGUAUGUUGCAUAGAUAGGAUUCAUAUGUUUGUUUUAGCUGCUUGUGUGUUCUGCAAACUGCAAUGGUAUUGAUUCAUCUUCUACCUAUUAAACAUUGAAGAUGAGCAUAAAUAUAGAAGUCUGGACAGUUUAGGUCGAGCUUAAACGCGCAGAGAUGGGCGAUUUGGACAGAAGGAGAAGUUUCCCAGGACAAAUGUUUGUGUACCACCAACCUUCAAGUACACUGAAAUACAGAAAAAUCUGUAUGUAAGCUCGCCCUUAGAGAUGUUUAAAAACUGAUCGAAUGCGAGGGCAGACUAGCAUUUUACCACUAGGCUCCUUUCGGUUGUAUACUCUGUACCUUUUCAACACAUCUGAAUGUAAUCAUCUAAAGGAUUUUGUCAAUAGGUGAGCCUUGUCAUAAUAUAGUCUGAAGAGAGCCAUGACAUCCAUUGACAGUAACUCCCAACUA